AUGAGCAUGCAGAAAUCGACAAAGACUAAGAAGGCUAGUAGUAGCGAGGCAUCAUCCGAAAACAAUAAUGAUGUAGACCUUCUCAAGAUAGUGGAGAUGCGGAUAAGAGGCGACGCAUCAGAUUUUAUGGAGAGUGUUGAAGAGCAAAGAAAAUCCAGACAAGCUCGCCGCCAUGUUGUACCACCACGGCCACCGCCGCGUGACCUGUCUCAACCCAAUAAUAAUAAUCACUCUCAACAACAACAAGCAGAUACUAUUCUUCCGCCUUGUCGUGUUUCCAAGGAGGAUACCUUCGACAUACUUAGUCUUGUGGCCGAAAGAGCUGCCCAACCACCAUCACUGCCUGACGAUGAUGAUGUUGAUCAUAUUGACGACGACGAUCAGGAACAAAAUACGAGUACACUGGAACUCACGGAAACAAUCAAAGAUACAAGAGCAGUACUACGGAACAGCAACAACUCAUCCACAACAGUAACCCCACCGACAUUGUCGCGAGCAAGAAGGGCCUCACAAGUGGAACCUGGGGCGUAUCCUGUGGCUGGGAUUAGAGCAAUGAUGCAUCACCCAAGUCGUAUCCCAUCCACUGGAAGGACGCAUGGCAUGGACGAGCUGGGAUUGGAAUUGGUGUCUUCAUCUCAAGAUGAAACUCAUUAUGAUGAUGAUCUGGUUCAUGCCGACCCAGUGGACGACUCAGAAAAUGGGGAGAUUGCAACUGCAGAGCCAAUUACAACAAGGGCAAAAAGAGUAUGGAAGAAGAAACUCUGUCUUCACCUCUCCCUACAAGCCAUUGUUGCCAUUGCCAUUGUUGCCAUCAUCCUUUUGGCUUUUCUGUUGGCUCCAAAAAUGGGUAAUCAUAAAGAGCUUGGAAAGCACCAAAAUGGGGUACUUCCAAUCGAUCAAAGACAACCACCACCACCACCAAGCACACAAGAGCCAUCAAGCUUGCUGGAAAAACUCAAUCUGCCGGAUUACACACUCACGGAAAUGGAGAAUUCUAGAUCUGCACAAUCCAGGGCUUAUCAUUGGUUAAGCAACAAUAUCAACAAGAACAACAAUGGCCAGAAUCUCCCUGUAUGGAGACUAAGGCAAAGGUUUGCUUUGGCCACAUUUUACUAUGCCACAAGAGGUGACAAUUGGGUGAAAAAUCAAGGCUGGUUGGAUUGGGAAACCAACGAGUGCAACUGGGAACAAAUUCAAUCGCGUAGGGUGCUGGACCAAGCACCAGCUUGUGAUGACAAUGGGCAACUCCUAUCAUUGCAAUUCAAGUUUGCCAACAACGCGGACGGAACAAUACCACCAGAAAUAUCCCUGCUUCAUGAAAGCUUGGAAAGAGUAGUAGUAUCUUGGAGCUUCCAACUCAAAGGACACAUUCCAACGGAGGUUGGGCUUCUGACAAGGCUGAAAGAAUUUGUGUUAGGUACAACACACUUGUCUGGCACACUACCAACAGAACUGGGUCAGUUACGAAGCUUGGAGCAAUUAUUGAUCUCAAGUAACGCGUUUGUUGGGACUUUACCUACUGAGCUGGGCAACCUAAGCAACCUGACAAAUUUUAUAUUUGAUGGAGCGAACUUUUCUGGGUCAAGCCCCACUGAGAUUCUUCAAUUGUCAAAUCUCAAGCACUUGGGUUUCACAAAUUGCCCUGGGUUGGAUAUAGAGGCUUUCCUCCCUGAAGUAACUAGAAACAUGCACAAUUUGGAGACACUUGUUCUAGGUGGUUGGAAACCUGGGCGGUUGACAUCAAUUCCAUCUGAAGUUGGCAAGCUGACCAACCUGGCAACCCUGAAUUUGAAAGGCUUCCAACAUAAUGGCCCCAUUCCAAGUGAGAUGGGAUUGUUGACACAGCUAACCAACUUAAACUUGCAGAGGAGCUCAAUCUCAGGCACUUUGCCGAAAGAGUUAUCAAAGAUGUCGCAAUUAGAAUUCUUAAACCUCCAAUCCAACAAGUUGGAAGGAAAGGUCCUUGAACAAGGUGUCCUCCACCUACUCAACAAGUUGCAGCUUUUGCAAAUAAGGGACAACCUAUUCUCGGGCUCUCUUCCCACUGAAGUUGGUUUGUGGUCUAGCCUUGAGAUUCUUUCACUGCAAAACACGAAAAUAUCUGGCACUCUUCCCACGGAAUUGCUUUUGUUGGACAAUUUUGCCAGCCUGGUAGUCGUGAACACAUCCUUGACAGGCAGCAUCCCUCGUGGACUGUGCAACAAGGUAGUCCUAAAAAGGAAGGAAAGUGUUUUGGGGGCAGUUGCUAUGGAGUGGCAACUUCUAACCUGUCUGUGUGCUAUGGAACAAAUCUGUGCGGCUGUAGUUGUGCUCCUUGCUCCUACUAAUGGCGCAGAAAGCUUCCAUUGA